AUGUCGGAUCCCGGUCGACGUCGUCUUUCGGUUCUUUUCCUUUGCGUGGGCGCCCUCUUGACGUACGAGUUCACGUACUCGGAGCUUAUCCACGAGCUCAAUGAAAGAGCCGAGUACUUCAAGCAAGUUCGGCAGCGCUACCAAGCCAUUCUCGACCUCAUCCAAGGCGGAUAUGAUGUCGUCUUCGUAAACGCCGAGAUCAUGACGAGACGCACAUACAGCGACGUCUGGCAAGCCGUGGUAGAGUUUGUGCAUAAUGGCGGAACGGCCAUCUGCAUCGGCGACUUCAACAGAGCGUAUCACCGCAUCUCUGCUCGCAACCCGCCUGAGAAUCCUUACUAUUUGCCGAAUCCCUUCAACACUGCCGGUCUUCCUUGGAAGUUUGAGGAGAAGUACAGUUGCCGCAUUUAUCUGAACGACCGAUACACUCCCUUGCCCGAUGCGCAUCUGGCAAAUUUGCCUGAUACUUACCACACUCAUUCGAUUUUCCUAACGGGGGUGGAUGUCGCGGAUGCUUGGUAUCGCUCGACUCCAGUUGAUAUUGCUUUUCUCCCGGUGGUUGAGCCGCACCAUGUGAACCCUCGCGUGAACCCAUUUGCUUUUCCGGUUGUUAGGACCGAAGUCGGCCGUGGUAGGCUUGGGUAUGUGGGUGAGAUCGGUACCGCCACGCCCAUUGCUAUCAUCAUGGCCAUGGCUGGAUUCCCGGCCGCCUAA